AUGAAAGUAUAUUCUAUUUUCAGAUCUGGGCGUUUUUUGGUUCUGCUCUGUCUUUUCGCUGUGGAAGGCAAAAAGUCACCUACAGGAAAGCAUACCUGCCGAAAAGGACUUCUCUCCCAAGUGACAGAGAACCUGUAUAUCAAGGCAACUAGUUUAAAAUCAUCUGUUCCUAAGGAUCUCAUCAAGAACACAAGACUGCUUAAAAAGACAACAAAAAUACUGUUUAUGACAAACUGCAGUGUUCGAGAUCAGCUUCUCUCCUUCUAUGUGAAAAACGUUUUCAGUCAUCUUGGAGUAGGAAGUGACAAGUUGUACAUUAUUAGUGCCUUCCAGGUCCUGCAAGAGAACAUGAACACCUGUCUUCCAUGCGCUCCAUCCACAAGGUUAACUUCUGCAGUCAAAAAAUUAAAGAAAACGUUUCUUAAGGUAAGAGCAGGAGGCCUGGCUCCCAGCUGCAGUGUUCAAGGGCUGCAGGUUGGUUUUUUUCUCAUGUCUGUAUUUUCUUGA